ACAAACCCUCAUUGGUCCCAGGGGAGUCAGCCUCUUUCUUCCCUCUGAAAGUGUGUGCUUCAGACCAGGAGGAGCUAAGUUAGUUGGUUGGUUCCAGCUCCUUAACCCUGGACACAGAGUUACUGCUGACAGCCCCAAUCCAGCCAGAGCUCUGCUCUGUAGCCCUGGAGCUGGAGCUGGUGUGGGCCCAGGAGGUGGAACGCUGCCCUCCCAGGCCUACUCCCAGUGGCAUUAAGAGGUCCCUGCAGGGGCAGGAGGGACUAGCAGCUGAGAGAGGUGCCCCAAACCCUUAGGGCCCUGGCUGGGGAAGGUGAUUCAGUCUGGUGGGAGCAGGGCUUCUGGAACCAGGAACUGCAACCUGAGUUGGCGCUACCCUACCGCCAUGUCACCUGGACAAAAACUGGACCCAAUUCCGGACCGCUUCAUCCUGCAGCCACCAGUCUUCCACCCGGUGAUUCCUUAUGUCACAACAAUUUUUGGUGGCCUGCACACAGGCAAGAUGGUCAUGCUGCAGGGAGUGGUCCCUCCCGAUGCACACAGGUUUCAGGUGGACUUCCAGUGUGGCUGUAGCCUGUAUCCCCGACCGGAUAUUGCCAUCCACUUCAACCCUCGCUUCUACACCACCAAGCCCCAUGUCAUCUGCAACACCCUGUAUGGUGGACGCUGGCAAAAGGAGGCCCGGUGGCCCCACCUGGCCCUGCAGAGAGGGGCCAGCUUCCUCAUCCUCUUCCUCUUUGGGAAUGAGGAAGUGAAGGUGAGUGUGAAUGGACAGCACUUUCUCCACUACCACUACCGGCUCCCACUGUCUCGUGUGGACACUCUGGGCAUAUUUGGUGACAUCAUGGUGAAGGCUGUUGGAUUUCUGAACAUCAAUCCAUUUGCAGAGGGCAGCAGAGAGUACCCAGCUGGACAUCCUUUCCUGCUAAGAAGCCCCAAGCUGGAGGUGCCCUGCUUACGUGCUCUUCCCCAGGGUCUCUGGCCUGGGCAGGUCAUCGUGGUGCGGGGACUGGUCUUGCAGGAGCCAAAGGAUUUCACUCUGAGCCUGAGAGAUGAGGCCGCCCAAGCUCACGUGACACUCAGGGCUUCCUUCCCAGACAGAAUUCUGGCCUGGAUCUCCCCAUGGGGACGGAAGAAACUGAUCUCUGCCCCCUUCCUUUUUCACCCCCAGCGAUUCUUUGAGGUGCUGCUCCUGUGCCAGGAGGGAGGGCUGCAGCUGGCACUCAAUGGGCAGGAGCUGGGGGCCACCAGCCUCGGCCAGCAGGCUCUGGAGCGGCUGCGAGGCAUCCGAGUCAGUGGAAGCGUCCAGCUCUACUGUGUCCACUACUGA